UUAUAGCUUUCUUUCAUGUUAUUGGUAGCAGCCAGAGAAAAUUUGUCAUUUUAAUCCUUUUAUACAUGAAGUGGAGUGGCUCUUAAACCAUGCACUUUCCUGUUAGUUUUAUAGCACAGAAACUGUUGAUGCAUAGUUUGUAAUUUUUUAAACACCCAGAAAUAUAUUAGGGGCUAAGUAACAUUCAUAAUUGUUAACAACCAAUUAUGGCACACAAGAAGGAACUGUGCCAUGCAACACUCUUCCAAUUUCAAAAUUUAGCAAUAGCAUUAGUAGCCUCAUUAGCAUCCCACUUACUCUUCACCAAGCUUACGAUUUGAAGACACCACAUAAGUCCAAGAGCCUUCUUUAAAUCAGAAAAAGGUGAUCUGUCCAGUGUUGGCACUUGGCACAGAAAGGAGACGAUGCACAUAGAGGCAAUUAUUUUCUAGGAUUAUUUGGAAGGUGCAAAUCAAGUGCCAACUGAGGACACCCAACAGGUCGCCCGAGGAUUUCGCUUGCACACGGAGCCGGUGUGAGACGCAGGCAACAAGGCGUGGUGCAACGGCCCCCGCAUCAUUUCACGAGGCUAUAAUCUCUACUAUUAAAGCGGGAUCUGCCGUCGUGAUGGUUCGAUCAACGAUGGUUCGACCUCUCGAUCCCACGUACAAUUGACACCCGCGCGUAAAACAGACAGCCCACCCGGCGUUCGAGGUGACCCAGAAAUCAGCCCAACGAAAAAAAAUCGCUAACACGUGCACACGUCUCCGCCUCCCCCACUCCCAACUCCCUCCCCAUCCCGAUCCCCAUCCUCGCUGCCUCCGUCGAUUGUGCUUGUCGCCCCGUCACCUCUCCAUCCGCUGCCGCGAUCCAGAAAACUCCCUCCCCAUCCCGAUCCCGAUCCUCGCUGCCGCCGCCGGUUCUGAAGCACGAGCAACAUUACAACACGGGUGAAGAGACGAUGGGGCUGACAAGGAGGGAAGGGAGGCAGAGGCGAGUCAACUCCAACCUGCCCGGUCACCGGCCGGAGGGGAGAAUGGCGGAGACGACGGGGACGGCUUCGACCCACCGGCUCCGGGCGCGCGCCGAGGCGGCGGUGGCGUCCAUGGUGGACGUCCGCCCCCGCGAGAUGCCACCUCCACCUUCUUCUUCAUAAGCCAUCUCUCUCGUCGAAGCCGCCUUCCAAAUUCAGCCACCAGCGGAGAACAGAAGAUCCUCACUCCAUGGGUGAUGCAGAUCCUGAGUGCCUACUUCCUGGUGCUGCCGCUGCGGGACGAGGGGGCCAUCUUGCUGGGCCUCGGCGCCCUCCCAGGCCUCUUCGUCGGCUCGCUCGUGCUCACCGCCCUCGCCGCCCCCGUCGCCUCCCUCGCCUUCUCGCUCCCAUCCGUCCCCAAGUCCAAGGCUUUGGUUUUGAUACACAGAUUCUUCAGCAUAUCCCUUCUUGUAUUUUUCAUGCUUUGGUUUGCCUCGAAGCCGGGCUCCCCAGCUACCGCCCAGUCAAGUGAAGAUAGUUUAAAUAAACCUGCUGGGUGGGGAAACCACAGCUGGUUCUACGUAGGUGUGAGAAUAAGCUUCUUUCUUUGGGUUGCUCUGCUUAAUCUCACUACAAUAUCAUCCACUUGGGCAAGGGUAAUUGAUGUCAUGGACAGUGAGUCAGGUUCAAGAUUGUUUGGUUUUAUUGGGGCUGGUGCUACGCUAGGGCAACUUUUUGGUUCUUUGUUUGCUGCAAGCAUGACAUGGAUGGGACCCUUUCUGCUCCUAUUUUCCUCCCUCUUGAUGGAACUUGCUGCACUGUCAUCCAAAUUAACUGAGCAACUCUUUUCUGUAGUCCAACUGAUGCAUGCUGGUCAUAUCCUUACAGUAGCUGGUAUAACAGUUGCUAUUUGCGCAUCUCCAUUCAUUGCUACCUCAAAUUUGGUUGCCCUUGCUGUAUGGCCAACUUGGGUUGCUGUUGCUGUCACUGAAACAAUUCGAAAGGCACACGGCACUUCUCUUGCACAUCUGAGCCCAGAGGGAUGCAGUAAGAUAAUUGAUGCAAGUCUGUUUGCCAUUUCCGAGAGUUGCUCUGAGCUCGCCGAGCUUGAUCUUUCAAACUGCAUGGUCAGCGACUAUGAUGUUACGGUGUUGGCAUCCGCGGAGCGGCUCAAGCUCCGUCUCCUCUCACUGUCCGACUGUCUCAAGGUCACACCUAAGAGCGUUCCAUUCCUGGGAAGCAUGCCUGCAUCGUUGGAGGGCCUCAACCUAAUAGGUGUCAUAUGCUAAAUGGAUCAAAAGAGAAUGAGACAGUGUCUCAAAUAUUCUAAUUCCGUUGUUUAGUGGAGAUUCAAAUGGAAACCAAGGCUGCAUUAAUCCUAACAAGAACUUCGCUUGGAUGCAGUGAUAUUUUCUGGACAUGAGAAAAAGCAAGGAUUACACAUACGAGACAUAGAGGAUGUGGGUGCGCCGUGCGGGAGUGAUACGUGUCGGCCCUCAUUGUAUGUUCAUGUCCUACUCUUGUGAUGCUCCGAUGGUCUUCUCCACAGGCGAGCCCUACCACACCUUUGAGCUAUGGCAAUUCUACAUCCUAUAAUACAAACAUGGAAUCUGGAGGAGGAAAUGUAACACAUCGCUCUUGUCUCAGUGGCUGAGGACGGGGGUUUGGGGCUAUGGCUAUUGGCAUUGGGCCAAACCUUUGUGGUGGGGAGAUCUAGGCAUAUUUCAGCUUAUAUUUGGAAGCUUGACUGAGUUUCAACUAUCUAUCUUUUGGCGUAGUCGAUGCCACAUGGUGGUCACGGGAGAUCGCUGGCCUCUUCUCAGUGAGAUCUAUUUAUGCGGCUCCGAUGAGCGACGGGCGAUGACGGCGGCGCGUCUUCGGCUCGCUUUAGUGCUUGCAGUCGUCGCUAUGUGCUCUAUGAAUCUGGAUGUAUUUUUUAUUAUUUUUGGUGUUUGUUGUACUACAAUGUAUGAAGAUGAUAGAUCGGAUGUUUCCCUAAAAAAAGUCUAAGCUCAUGUUUUUUCUAAAUUUGGAGGAUAGGAACCAAUCCUAUGUAGGAAUAGGAAUCCAUACAUAUAUAUUAACCAAAGGGAUCUAAAAGAAAUUCCUAGAAAAAUAUUAUUCUAUAGAAUUUCUAUGAAAUUCCUCCAGUAUGGUGUUGCUUA